ACAUAAUAAUUUUGUUACGAUAGAGAAUUUUUCUCGCAUACACACAUUUUCGUCAGGCGUUCAAAAGACAGAAGUUUCUUUUUAGAUUUUAAGUCUAUUCUACAUUCCGACAAUUGAAACUAUAAACAUCGAAAAUGAUUUGGAUGCAAAAACUCACUGGUUCUGCUGCGGCAGUGAAUUCCAUCGUUGCAAAUGGUGUGUAUGCUCAACAAAGCCGUAACAUGGCCACUCUGAAAGCCAUUUCAAUUCGUUUGAAGUCAGUAAAAAAUAUCCAAAAAAUCACCCAAUCUAUGAAAAUGGUGUCAGCCGCUAAGUAUUCCCGUGCUGAACGUGACUUAAAACAAGCUCGCCCAUUUGGCGAAGGAGCCACGAAAUUUUAUUCGGUGGCUGAAAUCGAACCACCAAAAGAAAAUCAAAGGGAGCUUCUUGUAGCUGUGACAUCUGACAGAGGUCUUUGUGGUGCUGUUCACACUGGUGUUGCACGUUCCAUUCGUAACGAUCUUCAAUCGCGUACAGAAAGUACCGAGAAUACGAAAAUCGCUUGUGUCGGUGAUAAAAGUCGUGCAAUUUUACAACGCCUGUUUGCCGAUAAAUUCAUAUUCGUUGGCAAUGAAGUCGGUCGCAUUCCACCAAAUUUCUUGGACGCAUCGAAAAUUGCUAAUCAAAUUUUCGAGUCUGGUUACGAUUUCUCUCAUGGUCAAAUCAUUUACAAUAAGUUCAAAAGCGUUGUCUCAUACGCAUGCAGUUCGGUGCCAAUUUUUAGCGUGAAAGCUGUUGAGUCUUCAGAUAAAUUGGCCGUUUACGAUUCACUAGAUUCUGGCGUUCUAAAGGAUUACCUUGAAUAUUCAUUGGCUUCGCUUUUGUAUUAUACAAUGAAAGAAAGUGCUUGCUCCGAACAAUCAUCACGCAUGACAGCUAUGGACAAUGCUUCUAAGAACGCUGGUGAAAUGAUUGAUAAACUUACUUUGACAUUCAACCGUACUCGACAGGCAGUCAUCACUCGUGAAUUGAUUGAAAUUAUCUCCGGAGCUGCCGCUUUGGAAUAAGCUCUUUAAUUAUCAAUGUACACCGUGUUCCGCCUACAAAUAACAGCCAAUAUUAUUUUAUCAUUCCAGUUAUUUCAAUAGUUACACAAAAAACAUUCUGAAAACUUUAAACGAUAUUGCAACUACAAAAUGAUAGGCAUUUAUUUCUGCAAUUUAUAUAAUUUGGCUAAUUCAAUUUAUUCAAAAUUAAUUUGUUUCAAAAACAAUGCAAAAUUGGAAUGUUAAAUAAUAAAAAAAUCGAUAUGAAGAAAA